UCCUGCCUGCAUACAACGCAAGCGAAAGCUAAUGACUUAAAAACGAAGAUGAAAAGGAGUCUCCAUCAACUUCAUGCAUAACUGCACAUAUAUCGCGGGCUUUUCGCGGCCACGAUUGAAUUCUGACUCGAGCCUGGACUCCUCUUUAUCCAAUUGCAGCUUUGCUUUGGAUGUUGGUUGGAAUUUAUUAAACACAGUGUUUUGUGUAAGAACAACUUCAGCCAGGAUAGAAAUUUUGUGGUUCGAGGUUUUGAGCCGUCUACGACUACGUACGGUACAUCCCCGUGGUUGGCGUUGCAGGUCAGAGCCAGAGGCCGAAAUCCAACUUCAAACGAGGGUCUUCGGAUCUGUGCAGCCAGAGACUCGCCACCAGCGCUGCAUACUGCUGGUCCUACUGUCGCCUAGGCCUAGCUAGGGCUAGGCGGGCUCUGGAUCACUUAUCAGGCAGGGACAAAAAUUCAGUCAAUAAUGAACAGAAAAAAGAAUGGGACACACCUAUCAUGAGGCCAUGAGAUAGGCAGUGACUGGACUCUGGAGGAAAAUUUUCUAGCUAGUUUACAUUACAAUAAUUAUUAAACACUCUGGAGUCUGGACAUACCCUGGCCUGGGCCUGGCUAGUAGUAUUUCCAAGACCACACUGCUCUUAAACACAACUCAGCGGAACAGAAUUCCUGAGAAGUUGCAUUUAUUUUCACAAGUUGUUGAGAAAUAUUUACAAAGACAAUGGCAUCAUCAGUAACUCCAGAGUGCUCUGGCUCUACUACUAAAGACCCACCAAGUAUCGAGAUGCUAACACAUGUAUUUCGAGAGUUACUUGUGCUGUAUCUAGAUCCGCAAUGUGCCUAUGAUUCCCUUAGAUUUCUUUUGGGUGCUAAAUCUUCCAUGAUCUUUGAUGCAAUCAAAAGAGGCAGACAAGAAGGAGUGAGAGAGCUGCUACAUGCGAUUGAUAACAUGGAAGAUAAGAGAGGAGUUGCUAAGAAAUUCAUGGAUUCACUUAAGAAGUCAGGAAAUAGGUUCCUAUAUGAUGUUAUCUAUGGGGUAAAGAAACUGGAUGAUAGCUGGGAAUUGAAAAAUCUCCUCUUGGGUACAGAAGAAGAUUUGAUAGAGGUCCCACCGCUGGAACUCUUGCCCCAUUUAACCAGCUUUGAAAACCAUGAAAAGGAGGCCAUUAGGACAACUGCAAAUACUCACCCACCAAGAACCACCUGGAGUGAGUUGUGUUUGCGUCUCCAAGCCAAACCAUCAGAAGUUAUGGAAGAGCUUAUCAAUGGACUUCGAGAAAUAAACUAUCCCUUGUUGGCCCAAAGUUUGGAGGAUGCAUACAGGGGUACAGGAAAAGAUAGUCGUGGAGACCCAGAUGGCCAUGAUAAUGACGAUGAUGAUAGCGGAGGACCGGCUAAAGAUCCCAAGAACAAGGAAAGGCCCAGUAAUGACAAACAUGGUCCUGAUGAUGACAAGCCUGACAGCGGAGAUAAACCAGAUUCCAGUGGUGCUGGUCCUGCUGAUGAUGGACCUGGUGGACAAAGAAUGUCUAAUGGUGAAAGACAGUCUGGCGAUGAAGCGAAUGCUGAUAGUGUGUCACCUAUGCUAGGGCUACUGCAACUGUCAGAUGCACCCGGACCUGCCACUCCUUCCAGCACUGCCACUGAUUAUUCUAUUCCAUUGUUUUCAGUCACAGAGAGUAAUAUAGCCCGCAGUACCCCCAUGACCCUAGAGAGUCUACAUCUCCAUGACUACCAGGAAGAGUUGGCAGAACACUCCCUCAAAGGCAAGAACUCAGUCAUUGUAGCUCCUACGGGAUCUGGAAAGACUCGGGUGGCCAUCGCCAUUGCAAUGAACGCUUUGAUGGAGCAGAAUGGAGCUAGCCAGGCACCGAACAAAGUUGUCUUUAUUGUGAAUAAGGUUGCCCUGGUAGAGCAGCAGAAGAAAGCCUUUCAGGAGUUCAUCCCCGAGGUCGACGGCAUCAGCGGAGACAUGUCCUCUCAGGUUCCCUUGGUGCAUCAGUUGGAGCAGGCUGAUGUCGUCGUUCUGACAUCACAGAUACUCCUCAACGCCCUCCAGGAUGGGAGCUUCUCUCUUUCCUCCCUGCGCCUUAUUAUCCUAGAUGAAUGCCACAACACCCAGAAAGAAAAUCCUUACAACUCCAUCAUGGCCUUUUACAGAGACCUGAAAAAAAGAAAUCAACUGCCUUUACCGCAGGUUGUGGGUCUCACUGCAUCGCUGGGUGUGAAGAAGGCCAAGAGGCAGAGGGAUGCCGUCAAGCAUGUCCUCAAACUCUGCGCCAAUCUCGACGCGGAUGAGAUCUCAACGGUGGUCAGAUACAGAGACAGCCUCAAGAGGAGCUACCACACCCCAAAAGAAGAAACAAUAGGAGUAGAGGGGAGAGAUGACAAAGACCCAUUCAAGAUUGAACUAGGCCGUGUAAUGGAGCCAAUCGAACAGACUAUAGUCUCAAUACUUGAUAAGAUAUCAGCGGAGGGAGGAAUAACUGGUAAAAAGAUCCUGGAAUGUCGGCAAGAAAUGACAGAAAUGUCAUCUUUUCGAGGCACUCAACAAUAUGAAGGGGUGACCACAAAGUUACUACAGUUCCUCUCUGUUGAAGUGAAUGACUCCCAAAUAGCCAGGGUUCUUCAAGAUUGUGCUAAUUUUCUAAAGGUAUACAACGAAUCGCUGUACAUCAAUAGAGACGCCAGGACAGUGGACGCUCUGAAUCAUAUAAAAUCCUUUACACAGAAUCUGAUCGACAUGAAACAAAACACAGAGGAUUCGGUGGACAGACUGAUCAAACUCUUUGAAAAAAUCAAACCUAAGAUUAAGGAGAUAUGUCAUGGACCAAGCAACGAGAAUCCAGUGCUGAAGUGUUUGGAGAAGAUCCUAAUUCAAGAAUACAAAGAGAAGGAAGAGACCUUGGCCAUCCUGUUCACCAAUACCAGGGACUCCACAAGAGCGCUACAAGCCUGGAUCCAGGAAACACCAUCUCUGGCAUCCGUCAAUCCUGGCACUCUCAUCGGGACGGGUGGUAGUACUGGUAUGACUCAAACCCAACAAGAGCAGUUACUUGCCAUGUUCAAGGAGAAGAAACACAAGCUCGUCAUCUCGACCUCAGUAGCAGAAGAGGGUCUGGAUAUCCAGAUGUGCAACCUAGUGGUCAGAUACAACUACGUCAGAGACGACAUAGCCAGAGUCCAAGCGAGGGGAAGAAGCAGAGCGGAGGGCGGGAAGUUCUACCUUGUGUUCAACAAACGCCUUCGCAAGCUGGCUGAAAGAGAGAAAAUGAACAGGAUUCGUGAGCGGAUGAUGGAGGAAGCUACAGAGACUGUCUGUGGGAUGAUCAAAGAUAACAAACAGGAGUACCUGGAUAAUAUUGCUGAACUCCAGAGGCAAGAUGCCAGCGAGCGAUCCCUGCAGAGGACUGGUCGCCUAGCAGCCGAAAAGAAGAAAUCUAACCGGAAAGUCCACAAGGAAGUCAAGCUGCUCUGCAAACACUGCCGGGAAUUCAUUUGCUACACGGAGGACAUCAGGUCCAUCAACGGACAGCACCACAUCGUCAUCAAGGAAAGCUUCAGGGAACGCAUCAUAACGGAGAGGUUCCACGAAGACCAAACCCUCUACGGGGACGUUAAGGUGUCCCAGGAGGUUCAGUGCAAACGGUGCAAGCAGCAGUUGGGGUACAUGAUGAUCUUCCGAGAGCAUGAACUGCCGCUGCUCUCCAUCAGGUACCUGGUCAUCGAGGUGCGCGAAGGCAUCAGGGUUCACAAGAAGAAAUGGAGCGACACGACCUCCCUCUUCACCAUCAAGGAUAUCGAUCUGGAAGAUCUGGCGAGGAGACUGGAAGGCUGCGUGGAAGAUGAAGAAUCCGAAGACGGAACAAUCGAGAAAGAGCAAUAGUUCUACAAAACUGAUUGUAGUAAGUAGUAAUUAGUUGUUUUUCUUCAUAUUUGUACCAGGAAAGCUUAUUCAUAACAGUAAUAUCAACAAGAUAUCUACCAGUGCCAAUGAUGCAACGAGAACAGCAAAAUUCUAAGGAAAUAUCAAUAUCAAAAGAAUAGUCAAUCCUUUCUAAAUUAAGUCACUAUGCAAAGAGUCGUUUGAGUGCAAAACGUGAUGAUAAGGACAAAAUAUGAUCAUUGUUAUUAAAUCUGUGGUAUCAAUCUAUGCUUUUUCAAAUCUUGCCUUUGAACUUUCUUAUAGUCAUGCGCUUGACCUGUUGCUUAAAGCAGAUAAGUGGACCAGUGUGCAGUAGCAGCUGUGUCAUGUAAAUUCUUAAACUAUGGUACUUUGAAAUCCAAUAUGGUUCUUUGCUAUUAUUAACUUGCAAUAAUAGAAACUCAUUUACUUCAUAGUAAUGUGACUUUGUGGUAUUUACAGACAUUGCUCAUCUACAUAUAUCCACAAUCCUUUCAUAUCAAAUAAGGUAUGAAAGUAAAGAAGAAAAAUUGAAUUUCAGGAUGAUGUAAAUAAUUCCCCUCUGUUGAAAAAAAUAACUUGCCAUCCUGUUUUCCUUACUUAUAUUUUCUGAAUAUGUUUACAUAAAAUGCUAUCACUUCAAAAAGUUCGGAUGAGAUGAAACUGAAUGUUUAAUCGUGUUAUAUCCAGAUUGUCUUAUAUUCAGUUUAUCUGAACAAUAUCCAAGUUUAAAGAUCUUCCAUCUCAUGUGUAGUAGUACCUGUAGCCAUGAUAUGUAGUCUAUAAUACUUAACAUGCAGUAAGGUUCUUUCGAUUCUUAUCUUGCAAUAAUGAUAGCUUUAAAUUGUAGCCUCUAUGGUGAUAUAACCUGGCUGUAACUAACCAAAGUUGAAAUUUUGUUGUAAAUAUUGUAUCAUAAAUAUAUGGUUCAGUUAAUACUAAGUAUAUUAAUGUAAAGGUAUCCAAAUACAGAGGGAUAAUAUCCAAAUUUAUUUAAAAUUUCUCAAUCUAAGUAGGAGCAAAUCCACAUAUCUCUUAUGAUACUGUAUUUAUAUUUAUUGUGGCAGGCAAGAUUUUACCCAAAGUUUCGGGAAAAUGGAUGAAGUGAAUAAAAAAGUAACCUUUUCAGCCUUAUCAUCAUUAGCAUAGCAUGCAAAGAAGGCUUGACAGUGUUAUUAUUUCAAAUGGCAAAGGAAUAUAUGUUUCUCAGGUGAGGAAGGCAUUGUUUGGAGUUCAUCAUGGUCUUACUCCCCAAACUUGGAA